GCAACAGCACAGCUGUCAACACACAUUCGCGCCUUUUCUGUACAAAACAUUUACGAGUAAGACAAUUAAAUCAAUUUUGGGAUUCACAUUUGUAAUUAAUUUAUGUUGUUUACAUGUACAUUUCCAGUUUACACUUGUGGUUAACAUAUUUAGGGAACUAUGCCUUCGAAGGCGAAUAUAAUUCAGAAAAAUCAUGACAACGGUGGCAGUCCGAAAUCAAACAAGAACAUAAAAACCACACCUAACAAAGCAAAAUUAAGGUCAUUCAAUGGAAAGCAACUGUCAAUUACCAGCAUGCUUGCUGCGAAGAGAGGCCGGAGUCCAUCAGAAGAUGCUAAACUUACUCCGAAAAAGCUGAAGACAAAUCUGGAUGAAUCACUUGGUGAUGCCAAAGAAAAUGAUGUGGAAUAUGCGGCUGAUAUAAAAGAUGUCAAACCUGAUGCUGAAUUAACCACAAUUAAAGACAAAAACAUAUGUUUAGAAGACGAAAACUUUGGUAAAACUAAUGGUGAAGAGACAAUUGUUCUAACUUCAUCUGAUGACAAAACUGACACCAACAUUACACCUAAAGAUAAUCCUGAUGCACAAGAAAGCUUAACCAAUGGCAAAAAUAGUGUAACAAAGUCUGAUAGUGAUGAAAAUCAUAAUUAUGAUGAAAAUACAGAUAGACAAGAUGAAAAGAACAGUCUCCAAUCAAAUGAGAAAAGCAGCCUUCCGGAACCUGAUAUGGAGAGAUGUAAUACUUGUAGGCAGUUUAUAAACAACUCGGACAUAAUAUAUUUCCAAGGACACCCACAGGAUGCUGUGGAAGAAUUUAUCGCUUUGACCAACGAGAAACUUGUUCUUGCUGCUGGUGACGAAGGUGACAUCAUGGAGCGGCCUCAAACGAACAUCACCGGCUUCUCAAUAUUCGACCGAGAGGGCCACCUGGUGCCCAUCGACGGCGGCCUGGUGGAGAGCGACGCGCGGAUAUACGUGUCGGGCUACUUGAAGUCUAUAUGCUCGGAGUCGCCAGAGAUAGAUGAAGAAUCAGUUCCUGUUAAGGAUGUUGGCCCUAUUAUUGAAUGGUUUAUCCACGGCUUUGAUGGCGGUAGCAAGAACUGCAUCACUCUAUCUACCGAAUUUGGGGAAUACAAUCUCAUGAACCCCAGCCCCGAGUACACGCCCUUAAUGAACAACCUGUACGAGAAAAUAUGGAUCAGCAAAGUUGUCGUAGAAUACUUGGAAGAGUUCCAUUAUCUUCAGCCGAACUAUGAAGAUCUGCUGGAGGUUAUAAGAGAAGCAACCAUUCCGGAGUUAGGCGAUAAGCAAAUGACUGAGGAGAUGUUGCAUAAACAUGCGCAGUUCGUUUGUGAUCAAGUGGUUAGUUUAGAGGCUGACGAAGAUGAGGCCCCUCUGAUUACACUCCCUUGCAUGCGCGAGCUUAUCAAGCUAAUGGGAAUUAAGUUCGGCAAACGGAAAAUACGCGCUAAAAUCGACUAUAAAAAGAUAGAUAAGAAGGCGUGGACAAAGGCAACUACUACGCCUUUAGUGAGGAAAACUUUCGAAAGCUUCUUCACUGAUCAGCUCGAUAAAACUAACCACGAGUUAGUGUUGAGAAGGAAGAGAUGCGGGGUGUGCGAAGCGUGCCAACUGCCGGACUGCGGGGAGUGCAACGCGUGCCGCGCUAUGGCUAAAUUUGGUGGCCAGGGGCGCUCCAAACAGGCCUGUGUGCGGCGCCGGUGCCCUAACAUGGCCGUGCAGCAGGCUGACGACUCCGACAACGAGGACGACGAACCGGACCGACUUGACGACCGGGUCGAAGACGUCGUGCCAGUAAAGCUCACUGGCGCCGGCACUAGAAAAAUCAAAUGGAUCGGGAAACCAGUCAAAGCAGACGCAACCAAAGUUUAUUACGAUAAAGUAGAAAUUGAUGGGUCAGAAUUAUGCAACGGCGAUUAUGUUAUGGUAGAAACUGCACAGGCUAAAAUACCCGCUCUUGUUGCAAGAGUUGUCUAUAUGUGGAUGGAGAUCAGUAAUCCAAAAUCGGGCUACUUCCAUGCAGAAGUCUUUAUAAGAGCAACAGACACUGUCUUAGGAGAAGUAGGUGAUCCGAGGGAAGUUUUCCUAGGAGACAGAUGUUGCCAUGGAGCUCCACUAUCGUCUAUUUUAAGAAAAGCCAAUGUUGAAAAGCGAGAGAUACCUAAAGACUGGUUCGGGCUAGGAGGGAAAGAACUGCAGGAUGAUGGAUUUGAGGAUGAUGGGAAAACAUACUUCUAUAAGAAGUAUUAUGAGCGGUUCACUGCGCGCUUUGAGGAUUUACCGGAAGAUCCACCUUGCCCUAACGCGUUGCGUGAACAUCGUUUUUGUCCCUCUUGUGAGCGUAAGACUAAGCGAGACGGCAAGAACAUCCCGAAACUCUUUGAUAAGUUAACAGUAAAGUCUGAAUUCGUGAAAGAAUCGAACAGAUCCGAAUGGAGCUACGUUUCGUGGCAGGACCACAUAUAUAAGAAGGGUAGUGGGGUCUUCCUCAAGCCGGACACUUUUAAAUUGAAGACCAAGGACUUAAAUCCUGAUAGGGUGAAACUAGAAAAGGUGGAUGAGUCAAUUUAUACAGAAUACUAUCGGAAAAGCGAUAACAACCUUCGAGGCUCAAACGUUGAUACCGGGGAACCAUUCUGCGUAGGACACAUAGCGGCAGUAGUCGCUCGUGGCGAUCAACGACUGGUCGCCCCGCAGGAUAUCUUACUCAAAGUGCGUCUGCUCCUGCGACCGGAAAACGUCCUUCCCGAAGCCCGACACAGCGACCUCAAUCUCGUCUACUGGACCGACGAUAUCCGCGAGGUCCCUUUCAGCGCCGUCGCCGGCCCCUGCCAGCUCAUUUACGAAGAAAAUAUACCAGGAAACCAUCAAGAGUGGUUAUCGAAGGACCCGAAUAGGUUCUACUUCCGCCAAGCAUACGAUAAAGCUUCAGGAAAGUUUUUGGAAGUGCCGGAGCACGCGGCGAACAUCGGGCGGGCGGAGCGGAAAGACAAGGGAAAGGGGAAGGGCAAGGGGAAAGGGAAGGUGGAAGCGGAGGCGGCAGCGGGGACGGAAGCGGAAACGCGGCCGCUGCGCACGCUGGACGUGUUCGCGGGCUGCGGCGGGCUGUCGGCCGGCCUGCACGCCGCGGGCGUCGCGGCGUGUCGCUGGGCCGUCGAGCACGUCGAGGCGGCGGCGCACGCGUACGCGCUGAACAACCCGGGCUGCGCCGUGUUCCGCGAGGACUGCAACGCGCUGCUGGGCGCCGCGCUGGCCGGCGCCACGCACUCCGCCGCCGCGCUGCGCCUGCCCACGCCCGGCGAAGUGGAGCUAAUGUGCGGCGGGCCGCCGUGCCAGGGCUUCUCCGGCAUGAACCGCUUCAACUCGCGCGAGUACUCCAACUUCAAGAACUCGCUCGUCGCCACCUACCUCUCCUUCUGCGACUAUUACCGCCCCAAAUACUUCAUUUUAGAAAACGUGAGAAACUUCGUCGCGUUCAAAAAAGGAAUGGUCUUGAAAUUAACACUAAGGACUUUACUAGAUAUGGGUUAUCAGUGUACUUUCGGUGUUCUUCAAGCGGGAAAUUACGGCGUGCCUCAGACUCGACGACGACUUAUUAUCAUGGCGGCCGCGCCAGGAUUUAAGCUUCCUUUAUAUCCGGAACCGACUCACGUGUUCAGCAGACGCGCUUGUUCACUCACUAUCAACAUAGACGGUAAACGCUUUGUCUCGAACAUCCAAUGGGAGGAUUCAGCUCCGCGACGUACUUGCACUAUCCGGGACGCUAUGAGCGACUUACCGGAUAUCAGCAACGGGGCCAGUAAAAUUGAGAUAGAAUACGGCUCGAUGCCUGAAAGCCAUUUCCAGAGAAUGAUUAGAAGUAAAGACGAGAACGCGAAGCUGAGGGACCAUAUUUGUAAGAACAUGGCGCCACUGAUCGUGGCUAGGAUCAGUAGGAUUCCGACGACGCCUGGUUCGGACUGGAGGGACCUGCCCAAUAUAUCAGUCACGCUAUCCGACGGAACCAAGUGCAAGGUCCUCCAAUACCGUCACACCGACAAGAGUGGGCGGCGCGGCGUGUGCGCGUGCGCGGGCGGCGGCGCGUGCGACCCCGCCGACCGCCAGGAGCACACGCUCAUCCCGUGGUGCCUGCCGCACACCGCCAACCGCCACAACAACUGGGCCGGCCUCUACGGUCGGCUGUCGUGGGACGGCUACUUCAGCACGACGGUGACGGACCCCGAGCCGAUGGGCAAGCAGGGCCGCGUGCUGCACCCGCAGCAGCCGCGCGUCGUGUCCGUGCGCGAGUGCGCGCGCUCGCAGGGUUUCCCCGACUCCUACGUGCUCGCGGGCUCCGUGCUCGACAAGCAUCGCCAGGUUGGCAAUGCAGUACCCCCUCCUUUAGGAGAAGCGUUAGGAAGAGAAAUCAAGAAAGCAUACCAGCUCAGUAUAACGAAAACGUAAAGCACGUGCCUUAUUGCUGUGUUAUACUAGAUUAUGUAAUGACUUUAGUGAAAUUAAGUUUUAAUAUACAACAUACCAUUGCUAUAAGUACAUAUUUUUAUAAUAAAAUGACUUGUAAGUUUUACAUAA